GGGUCACAUGCCACAGCCUGUUUUCAUUUUUGUUACACCAUGGCGUUUCUAACCCAUGGUUUGCCUCCUUGCGUAGUGUUAGCAGUCUGUUUUGUGCUCUUCAGCCUUGUUGCUGUGGCAGAGGGUCGGUUCAAGGGCUUCGGGAAGUUUAAUGUGGGGCAUGAUCACAACCAGGGAGCUGUGUUUGAGGAGUUGUGGUUCACACAGAAACUGGAUCACUUCAAUGGUGCAAACAGCAGAGUGUGGAAGCAAAGGUACUUUGUAAAUGAGGCCUUCUACAAACCUGGAGGUCCAGUGUUUCUAAUGAUUGGUGGAGAGGGCCCUGCAAAUCCAGCAUGGAUGAAGGAAGGAACCUGGCUAACCUAUGCUGAGAAACUCGGAGCCCUCUGCUUCAUGCUGGAGCACCGUUUCUAUGGGAAAAGUCACCCGACAGCGGACCUCAGCACAGACAACUUGCGUCUCCUCAGCAGCCGCCAGGCUCUGGCUGACCUCGCGCACUUCCGUACUGUGAUGGGGGAGACCCGGGGGCUGACCAACAGGAAGUGGGUGGCAUUUGGCGGGUCGUAUCCGGGUUCACUGGCUGCUUGGUUCAGGCUCAAGUACCCUCACUUGGUGCAUGCCUCCGUGGCCACAAGCGCACCUGUGUUCGCCACUGUCAACUUUCCAGAGUAUUUGGAAGUUGUGUGGCGUUCACUGGCCUCAGAAAAUGCAGACUGCCCUGUGCUGGUGAAAAAGGCUUCAGAUACCCUCGCAGAACGCCUGAAAGACCCGAAAACCUUUGAAAACAUCACCAAAGAUUUCAAUUUGUGUUCCACACUGCAGAUCCAGUCAGAGAUGGACUCUGCCUACUUCCUGGAAAUGCUGGCUGGGAACUUCAUGGAUGUGGUCCAGUAUAAUCAAGACAACAGAGGAUUUGAGGGGGCUUUGGGCACCAACAUAACCAUCAAGGUGCUGUGUGGUGUAAUGAGCGACACCUCACUAGGAGAUCCUUACACCCGUUAUGCCACGGUGGCCCGCCUCAUGAUGGACACGUUCUCUGUGAAAUGCCUGGACACCAGCUACAAUAACUACAUCAGAGACAUGACGAAUACGUCCUGGGAUGGACCAGCUGCAGGGGCAGGGAGACAGUGGGUCUAUCAGACCUGCAGUGAAUUUGGAUUCUACCAGAGCACAGAUUCGCCGAACCAGCCAUUCACUGGCUUCCCCCUCGGUUAUCAGGUGAAACAGUGUGCAAGCUUCUACAACAUCAGUGCUGAGGAGGUGGCAGUGGCCGUGGCCCAGACCAACGAGUAUUAUGGCGGCUACGACAUCCGCUCCAGCAGAAUAGUGUUCCCCAACGGGUCCAUUGACCCAUGGCAUGCUUUGGGGAUCACUCAGGACAUCACAGCUGAGCUCCCUGCUGUCUUUAUUAAAGGGACGGCUCACUGCGCUAACAUGUACCCAGCGGGGAGCGAAGAUCUUCCACAGCUGUCUGAGGCUCGGGAUCACAUCUUUCUUUUACUCCAGCAAUGGUUGAAGCAGUGAUUGAAUGCUCCUUCAGCUUUAAGAAGUAAAUGCGUCAUUCCUAAAUUCUGAAAUUAGAAACUUGAUUCCUCACUGUACUGCCAAAUUUUCAACUCCUUGAAAUCUUGAAAUGCAACUUUGCACAAGAAAAGUUCUUGUUUUGAAUAUGUUAAAACUUUGAGUUAAUUAAUAAAGAUGUUUUUCUUAUUGA